AUGGAGGUGGUGUUAAUAGGGGUGGCAAUUUCGGGCAACGGUCAUGAUGGAGAGGAGGAGACCGCGGUUGUCAAGGUCACAGGAGCUGAAUCAGCGGAGAAUGAUGAUGAUGUGGUGAACAGACCGCUUGAAGUGGUGAAGUGCCAGUGCUGCGAGUUAAUAGAGGAGUGUACCAUUGCGUAUAUUGCUCGUGUUAGGGAGAGGAACGAAGGCUGGUGGAUCUGCGGGCUGUGUGUCGAGGCGGUGAAGGAGGAGAUGAAGAGAUCUGGCUGGAGAAUCAGCAAGGAGGAGGCUCUGGAGCGGCACGCGAGCUUCUGUGAGGAGUCCAGGUCACCGCCAGAGAAGCCGACGGAAGAGCUCAUCUCAGCACUGAAGCAGCUGGUGAUCAGGAGCUUGGUGUCACCAACCAGUGUGAGGUCUAAACCAAGCACUCCGCAGGGCAGAGACGGGUCGGAUCUCACCCGAGCUAAGUUCGUGAGGUCGCAGAGCUGUUUCCCCAGCAUGGAUGCUUGA